CUCUCUCUCUCUCUCUCAGGUCCUGCCUCCCUCACUUUGACAGUGAGCACCAGUAAGGCCAAAAUGGAGGUCCAUGAGAACACAGACACUGUGCUGUCCUGUCAGUUCAAGACAGAGAAGGAGACUAACCCUCGUAUAGAGUGGAAGCAGAAAAGGAAGGACAUCAACUUUGUUUAUUUCGAUGGAAAAUUCACCGGAUCCUUUGCAGGUCGGGCCAAGAUCGAGGGGGCAACGGUGACGCUGCAUGCCAUUACCCAGAAGGACUCUGGGCUGUACCGCUGUGAGGUCAGCGCACCAGCAGACCACACCAACCUGGGAGAGGUCAAUGUCACCCUCAACGUACUGGUUACCCCCCACACCCCAUCCUGUGAGGUGCCCAGCUCAGGGCUGUCUGGGGCAGGAGUAGAGCUCCACUGUAAGGACAAACUCAGUGUGCCCCCUCCUACCUACCUCUGGUACAAAGACAACAAGGCCCCGAGCACCACACACACACCUGACAUCUCCUAUAGCAUGGACACUGACAAGGGAACACUGAAGAUUAAGAGUGUGUCCACGGCCGACUCAGGCCAGUACCGCUGUGAGGUCUCCAAUAGCGUGGGGGCGUUGAAAAGCUCUGUGGCCCAUCACAUGAAUGUCAUAGAAUGCAGAUCCGUUGAGUAUGACGACGCUGAUAGCCGGAGCUGUAGGUCUCUUCCUGGUCAUCCUCAUGUGUUGCCUGGAUGUGUGUCUCCCAUCGACAGGGCUGCUGCAAAAAGACAGCCCAAUAACUACAAACACACCCAGGCCUUCAUGAUCUGA